CAGCUAUAAAGCAACAGCUCACCAGCUAGACACUGGGGAAAAUUUAUAGAUCAACGCAAUGCAAGUGACGGAGGGACAUUCAUCGACAAUGAAUAGCUUCAACAACAGACCUCAGUUCGGUCGCUGGCUGAUACAGCAAGUUAAUAGUGGGCUGUAUGAAGGCUUAUAUUGGCUCGAUGAUCAGAAAACAACUUUCCGGAUCCCAUGGAAGCACAACUCCAGGAAAGACUGCAAUGAUGGAGAUAACAGGAUAUUUAGGGAAUGGGCAUGCGUCAGUGGGAAAAUUCACGAGAAUCCGAAUGACAAAGCCAAGUGGAAGACAAAUUUCCGCUGCGCGCUUUCCAGCCUCAAAAACCAGUUCAAACAGUUGCACGACAACUCCAAGGGUUCAGUGGACCCCCACAAAGUGUAUCAGCUCAUCGCUCAACCUGAGUACAGAUGCAACUUCGAAAAUCUUCCGGUGGACAGUUAUCCAAUGAUUGAGGACAUCUAUACUGCUAACCCAGCGGAUUUCUCACCUGAUAUCAUGGCUGAUGAGCUGCAGUUGAUGAACAUCACCCUUGACCUGAACCCACAACCAGAUGCACAGCCUUGGGUUGAGGACUAUGCUCCAAACAAUCAAGUUCUGCCAGAAAUCUACCCUCUCCCACCUGUGCCAGUGGAGCAGCCUCAGCAGAAUAACGUACCUGUUGCAGUGGUCGAGCCAUACUAUCAAGCUUCUCCUUUGCCUCCCAUCUGUGAGCUGGAGAUCUCCAUCCACUACCGCAAGAAAGAGGUGCUGAAGAGGAGGGUGUCGGCACCUCUGGUCCAACUCCACCACCGGCGCGAGAUCGGUGACCUGAACGGGCAGGCGGUGUGUUUCCCCAGCACAGAGGCCGUCGUGGACCACAAGCAGGUCAUGUACACCAAUCGUCUGCUGGAGAGCAUCCAGAUGGGUCUACUGCUGGAGGUGGACCACACGGGCAUUUACGGGACCCGCCAAGACAUUCCCUGCAAGGUGUUCGCCAGCACCAGCAAUCCUGCAGAGAGCCAGGCCGAGGAACCCAGGAAGCUGGGGAAGAACGACCGGGAGCCACUGCUCAUUUGGGAGAAAUUUGCCAAAGACCUGAUGGAAUUCAAAGAAAAUAAGCGGGGGUCUCCAGAUUACUCCAUCUACCUGUGCUUCGGGGAGAGAUAUCCAGACGGAAAGCCCCUGGAGAAGAAACUCAUUGUUGUCAAGGUGGUGCCGCUGAUCUGCCGUGAACUUCACGAGCGUGCACAGAUGGAAGGAGCCUCCUCACUCAACUCUGGCGUUAGUCUGCAGAUCUCCCACAACAGCCUGUUUGACCUCAUCAACGGCACCUUCGGCCUGCCUAUGCAAGAGUGACCUGACUCGAAGGUCCACGAAAGAACUCAUGCCGUCUUCCACCGUGCUUCUUCAACUGACAAAUGAUUUCUAGGGCUAUUUUCAAUAUCUGAAAUAUCAAAAAAAAAAAAAAAAAAACCUUCACUCCACUGUCUUGUCACUGUAGUUUCAUGGCAGCUUCUCUAUCAUAAUUAUAUUUGACAUACAUUAUAAAUGUUACAUUGUGGGCCAGUGUCCACUCCACAAAGUUCAGAUUGUGAAUCAGAUAAUCACUUAUGCAAGGGGUGUGCAAUGUUUAUUGCAUGCUAGAAGUGUGUUUCUUUGACCUUUGUAGUUAUAAUGUUCUCUUGAGAAGAAUUUCCUCUUUACCCUAUGGGUUGUAAAUAUUUUAAAAAAUAUAUAUAUACUUACUUUUCAGUCCCUGCUCUGUUUUAUAUUUUUGUUAUUUGAAAAUGUCUAUGAUUAUGUGAUAAACACAUGACACAUUUCUUUCUGGCUAUUUCUCUUUAUCCACUGAUGAGUUUCACGUGUUGAGAUGUGUAACAUAUCAUCUGACCUUGUGCAGUUCCUUCCUUAUUGCCUCUCCAUUGUGGUUCUCUUUCUCAUGCGGGUGUUUUUUUUUAAAAACACUUUCAGAACAAUAAAGCUGGUAAAAGAGGAGAAGAA